GACUUCCUCCUCCUUCUUCUUCUUUGGUAACGUGAGUUUCUCAACUUUUAUCGAAACAAAUUGCUUUGUGUCUUUAACGGGGGACUGCUACAUUUCAAUGUGUCCUUUAAUCUAAAAUAUUUUAUUGGAUUUUAACACAGGUAUAUAUGCACCAAGCCGAGAGGAUACUUUUGGCUCUAACUUAUCUCAGUAUUUACGUCUAAUACGUAACACUUUGGCUUCGUGGAGCUUCGGGGAAAGAUGGCUGAGUCGUGGAACCGAGGACAUGGCAGUGUGGAUGAUAUGUUGGAUUCAGAGAAUAAGCUUCUGGCGGAAAACCUGGCGACCAAAGUCUCCAGGCUAAAAUCGCUUGCUUACGACAUUGACAAAGACGCAGAGGAGCAGAACAGCUACCUGGAUGGCAUGGAUUCCAAUUUCCUGAGUGCCACAGGUCUGUUAACAGGAAGCGUGAAGAGAUUCUCUACCAUGGUGCGCUCCGGCAAGGACAACCGCAGGCUGCUGUGCUAUGUGUCCGUGGGCCUGGUGCUGGUCUUCUUCCUCCUGUACUACCUGGUGUCCAGGGUCCAGAACUGACCAAGCAGCUCUUCAGUGGGAAGACUGACCUGUAAUCUCAGUUUUAUGAGAAGUAACCCCUCAUUCCAGUGGGUACCUGUUUACAUUUCUGUGAUAAAUGUUUUGUGGGUCCCAGCCCUCUUCUAGGGAGAACUAGAGGAAGGGGGCAUUGCACGCAGCAGCAAGACCAGGUUGUCUAGGGAUGUGUCAUGUUUGAUGACCGAAUUGGGUAAGGGUGUGUGUGUGUGUGAGAGAGAGAGAGAGUGUGUGUGUGUGUGUGUGUGUGUGUGUGUGUGUGUGUGUGUGUGUGUGUGUGUGUGUGUGUGUUUACACCUAUUUAAAUACUUCUUUGAGCAAACUAUUUGCUAGUUAUAGUUAUGAUGGUGGUAAUGAUGGUGGUGGUCUCUGGCUUUACUAUGAGAUCAGAUGUUAUAGUUAUGAUGAUGGUAAUGAUGGUGGUCUCUGACUUUACUAUGAGAUCAGAUGUUAUAGUUAUGAUGAUGGUAAUGAUGGUGGUCUCUGACUUUACUAUGAGAUCAGAUGUGUGUUGUCCUCUGAUCCCACAUGUUUGAACUAAACAUGUUUGUAUUUGGUACACAGUAAAGAUGUUGUCUUUCAUUUUGGUCUGUACAGAAGGAUCAUUUUUAGUAUCCAGAGAAAUGUAUGUGAAGUGUUAGUUGAUCAUGAUUAUUUUCAUUUUUCUAGAGCAUUACUUUUUAACAAGCUUUAAAAUCCUGAUGUUAUGAUUUUAGAAUGGCAAAUAUUUUUUAUUCAAACACUGAAAUUGUAUUGAAUAAAAUAAAGAAAUGGU